AACCUGGUGACCGAGGGAACAAAGUUCAUCUCUUCCGUGUGGCCAGCUGUUGCAAGUGUUGCAGUGCUAUAUUUUCUGCAUGAUAACUGCAUUGUCCGUGUGACGCCUGCCAAACUGGAUGCAGCAGGGCCAGAAGAGGCCGAAGAAGGCAGGAGCCUUUCUAAUGACAGCCAUCCCCCACUUCUUCUCAACAAAGAGCCAGUUACAACUGACUCAACCUCCAGCCAGUUCCAGAAUUGGUGUGAUGCCUCUACCCUCACUGACUUUUGCAAUAGCAGCAAUUUGCCAGAAGUGGAAAUCAUCAGCCUUCUGGGGGAACAACUGCCCUUGUAUAAACUCCGGGCAGACACAGUAUUUGGAUAUGACCACAAAGAUUGGAUUCAGACAUCCCAGGUCUCCUCUGAUGCUGCUACUGCCCUCACAUUCAAGCAGAUUGAAGAGACACUAGAAUAUUUCUUAAUGUGUUCUGAGAGAGUUGAGAAGAUCACCAAGACAUAUCAUGAUAUAGAUGCGGUCACUAAUUUGCUGGAAGAGAAGCAACAUGAUUUGGAGUUAGCAGCCCGCAUUGGGAAAACAUUGCUCAAACAAAAUCGGAGUUUGUCUGAACGCAAUGAGUUCUUGGAAGAGCAGUUAGAAUUAGCAAAAGAAGAGAUAGCUCAGUUGAAACAUGAAAUAUCGAUGCGGGAUGAUCUUCUCCACAUGUUUACCAACAGCACUGAAGACAGUGAGCCAACUUCCAUCAUUUCUACCCCGUUACGAAGGAAUGAUUCUUCCCUCUCUUUGCAUCAGUGCUUGCAAUAUGAUCUUCUUCAGCAGAAACUUAAAGCGUUGGAAGAGGAGAACCAGAAACUGCGUGUUGAAGCUACAAACAUUGCCACAGAAACAAAUCAAUACGAGGAGCAGGAACAGAAGCUCAUGCUUGAUUGUGUGGAACAAUUUUCUGAUAGCAGUCAGCAAGUUCUCCUGAUUUCCGAGGAGCUGGCUCUCAAGACAGAGGAUUCAAUCCGGCAACAGGAGGAGAUUACCCAACUUCUAGCUCAGAUUGUAGAGCAACAACAGAAGUGCCGUGCAUAUUGUGCUGAAGUGGAGCAAUUGCAACAGCAACUCACUGCAUCCAAAGAAAUCCAAUCGCAGCUUCGCAGAGAGUUCCAGGACAUACAGGAGAAAUACAUACAAUGUGAAGCAAUGUUGCAUGAAGCUCAGGAAGACAUUAAAGAUCUUCGCAAGCGCAGUUUGCCAAACAGCACCAUCCACCACAGUUCCCCCACCUUCUUACCCCUGGAUUCCCUGGCUGCAGAGAUCAAGAGCACAAUGAGAAAAGGGAUGGACAGCUCUGGGUCAUCUGAGUUCAACAGCAGCGUGGAUGCUACAUCAGGUAUACCUGGCCAUCAUGUCUUGGAAGCUGCUAUCCAGAGUUUGUCUGCUCGCCAGAAGAACCACAGCACUGAGCAUUCAUUUUUUGAGAUGGAACGUGAAUGCAAAUUGAAGCGCCUGGCUUGGGAGGCGGAGAAUUUCAGUGGGUGCCUGACGCCCAGCGAAAGCAUCACAUCCAUAGGCACCAACUAUUCAGGCAGUUCUGGCACGUCCUUGAGCUCCUACUCUUUCUUCCCCGAAAAGCUUCAAAUUAUCAAGCCUAUGGAAGGUUCAAUGACUCUGCAUCACUGGCAGCAGCUGGCCCGUCCUCACCUGGCAGGAAUCCUGGACCCUCGACCAGGUGUCUUUACCAAAGAUUUCUGCCAACUUGACACUGAUCUUGGAGAGGUCCACAAUCUAAAUGACUUAGAAGAAGAUGACAUGGAUGCCAGCGCCUUGUCUUCCCUUGCUACCUCAACAAUUAAAGCCAAAGAAACGCCAACUGUUUUUCACUCCGUUAACAAUCUGCCCCAGACCCCGCCUACUUUCACCAUCACCACCUGUUGCAUCACGCACCCUAGCAAAGAGGUUACCAUGGUGACACCCAGGUACCAAGAUGGAAAUACCUUCCUCCUGGACACCAAGAACAGUCUUUAUAAUACAGUUGUGCCGUCUUGUGGGCCCUGCACGGGGCUGAGCCGGUCUUCCCCUCCUCAGUCCCACCUUAAGGAACUAUGCAGGCAGGAGAAGAAAGAAAAGAAGCUUGGACUGGUGACUCUACUGGCAAAACAAGGCAUUUCUGCACAGAGCAAAGGAGUGGCGCUUGUAUCCCAUGCUAUUAGGGACCCAACAGUCUCUUCUUGCUUUUCUCCUUCCUUGUUUUCAUUGUGGCACUACCACUCGGAUAGUUUUGCUGAUUGGACUUCAGGACUGCAUCUGCUGCACCACAAGAAGCCUGAAAAGAGCCCAAAUAGCAUCUUCAGCUUGAAUCUGGUAGAGAAACUGCAGCAACUAGGGCUCAAUAAGGUGUUGGCUAGAGGGGAAGCAUCAUACCUAACCUUACAUCAGCAGGAACUUCACCAGGGAAAGAAAUGUAGUUCUGGAUUUGGAAACCAGCAAGAUCCAGUGGGGCCUCAAUGAAAAUGAAGGGGGUGUUUGGGUGUCCUACUGCCUGGUUUAGGAAAGCUGGACAAGACUCGGUUGUACUGCUAGAACACUGGGUGUACUGGGUUGAGGAGCACUUACGUUCUGCUUAGAGCAUUGUUUUCUUCACUACUUGUGAAUCACUGUUGUUCUUCAAUUUCUUUUUCCCUCCUUCUCUCCUCCCCACUGCCGAUGGAACACACCGAUUCUCACACCGAUAUCUGGUCGUAUCCCCGAUCCCAAACUCAUUUCUUCUGCCUUCCGUUGUCAAUCUUAUUCUACUAGAAUUUCACAAAUCACAGAGCCUUCUGGGUUAGGAGGCAUGGGGCAAAAGGAAGAGGGAAACCCUUGAACUUCCCAGCUAGAAAUGGUCACGGACAGACUGAGCCUUGGAAGCAGCAGCUGGAGUAGAUUAUUUUCUGGGAUGAGAAGCACAGAUUAGCAGCUGCUUUUCUAUAUCAUUUUAGUUCCUUGUUUCCACCUGUCUCUGCCCUCUUUAUAUUUUUCAAAAUUCUGCAGGGAUGGCAGGCUAAGUAGAAAUUUUGGUGGGGAGUUUUCUUUUAUUGGGAGGAAUUGAUUGAGAACAUUCCUUCAUUCUUUUACUACCAGUGCUGGUAUCCUUGACUUUUGUUAAUUGUGACAUCGUGUCUGGGUCUUCAUCUUGAGGAAGCCUGCAGAGAUUUUCCCACUUAGAGACAUAAUCACAGUUUGUUAUACAAAAAAACAUUGAAGAAAGUUCAUCAAGCUUUGGUUGUGGAUGUAUUAUAUUUCCGAACCAAGUGGCAGUUGCUUUAUGUUUUGCGCAUGAGAAUUUUGCUUGGGAAUGUAGAAUUUCCUGCUUUUUAAUUUUUUUUCAGCACUUUAUUUCUCCUUCCAAACUACUAUACAAGCUGGAUUUGUGUUUAUGUUUCACCCAAGGUAAAACAGAAAUAGUUCAUGUUCCUUCCAAUUCCUCCUGAAUGACUGACUAUUCUUCUUCUUUUCAGAGUUAAGCCAAGUUUGCCAUGGCUUCCAUAUGUGUUGUGUUUUUCUUUCUUCUCUUGAAAAGAAUGCCUGCAUUUUUCUAUUUAUGAAUGUUAGGUUAAAAAGCCAAUCUCAUCCCUCUUGGACCUGUCUAGUUCUGUACUGCUUGCAUGCUUGUAUGUGUGUGCUUCACAAAAUACCAUUUGCACUCCUGCUCCAAAGGCCAGUUUGCACUCUUCCACAUGUAGUUCUCCUCCUGUGACUUGGAAAAAUUAAAUGAUGAUGCUGUUUCCC